AUGGGAGAAGAGAUCAAAAGACAAAGAAGACUUACGGUGCUCAGAGAUCUUCAGGAGCAAGAAAGACUCAAGCCUUUGGAAGCUAAGGAAGAAUCUAAGGUCCCUGAAGCAGUAAGUCUUACAGCUACACAAGCAGAUGAUAACACCGCGAAUGGGUCUUCAGAGAGUCAUCAAGAGCCAGAGUCUAGUGAAGCCGGAGAGAAACAAGAGCGUGUGGAUGGCUUGGUGAAAGGUGGUAAUGACGAUAAGAGAGCGGAUCAUUUGGUAAAAGAAGUUGAGGAAAAUGCUUCAGAUAAUGGCAUUAGUAGUGUAAGUGAGAAGGAGGCAAGUGAGGACGAAGAAGCAUUGAAACAAAAGAUUGAGAGUUUGGAGAAAAGAAUUGAGAAUCUUGAAGAAGAGUUAAGAGAAGUUGCAUCUCUCGAGAUUUCUCUAUAUUCGGUUGUACCAGACCACUCCAGCUCAGCUCACAAGCUUCACAGGCCUUCUAGGAGAAAGAAUGAAGUAUAACCCAAUUGAAAAUUUCAGACUAUUUUAUAUGAACCCAAUGGAACAAGCGUGAGUUUCCUGAACAACCAAG